AUGGAUCUCUAUCAGAAGGGAACGCGGGUCUGGCAUCCCGAUGUUACCGAAGGAUGGAUGGCUGCAGAGGUUGAGGGCGUCUCACAGGCUGGGGAUAAGGUCUCCAUCGUGCUGAAGCUCGAUAAUGGCGAGGAAAAAACCGUUACGACCAAGAUGGCGGCGUUCAAGGACCCAAAUGACUCGACGCUGCCACCACUUGCAAACCCUCCAAUCAUCGAAGCAUCCGAUGACUUGACAAGUCUUUCGCAUCUCAACGAGCCGGCAGUACUCCAAGCCAUCAAGCUCCGUUACAUGCGUCAGAGCAUUUAUACGUACAGCGGUAUCGUGCUGAUUGCUACUAACCCGUUUUACCGCUUGGAUUAUCUAUAUAAUUCGUCGAUGAUUCAAGGCUAUGCGGGGAAACGGAGAGAGGAUCAGGAACCCCAUCUUUUCGCAAUCGCCGAGGAAGCUUAUCGUCAAAUGCUGCGCAAUGGUAAAAAUCAGACCGUGGUCGUAUCAGGAGAGUCCGGUGCUGGCAAAACCGUGUCAGCUAAGCACAUCAUGCGGUAUUUCGCCACUGUGGAAGAUCCAGAUAAGCCCGGGAAGAAGAAGGAUACGAAAGGUGGGAAGAUGAGCAAGACAGAAGAGGAGAUUUUGGCCACCAAUCCGAUAAUGGAAGCCUUUGGUAACGCUAAAACUACUCGUAACGAUAACUCGUCGCGUUUCGGAAAGUACAUCGAGAUCAUGUUCGACCAGCAAACGAACAUUAUUGGUGCAAAGACUCGUAUUUAUCUAUUGGAACGAUCUCGUUUGGUAUAUCAGCCACCCAUGGAACGAAACUAUCACAUCUUUUACCAAUUAAUCGCCGGUUCAACUGAGGAAGAGAGAAAGGAGUUUGGCCUCGAACAGGUUGAAGAUUAUUUCUACCUGAACCAGGGUGGCGACCCCAUCAUCCCUAAUGUCGAUGAUGCGGCGGAAUUCACCCUCACUCGGAAUGCCCUUACGGCUGUUAAUGUCAGUGAACGGGCUCAGAGAGAAAUCUGGAAAAUGUUGGCGGCCUUGCUCCAUCUCGGAAAUGCGAAAAUCGGUGGAACCGGUAGUGCGGCAUUGCCAGUUUCUGAACCAUCCUUUGCGAAGGCAGCCGAGCUUUUAGGUGUUGACACCGCAGCGUUCGCAAAAUGGAUGAUCAAGAAGCAGCGUGUUACCGGUAACGACAAAAUUAUGUCUGAUUUGACUCCCAAGCAGGGUGUGGUUGUCAAAGACUCUGUCGCGAAGUACAUCUAUGCUAGUUUAUUCGAUUGGCUCGUUGUUACUAUCAACGCUCGUCUUUUGCCCACUGAAGUCUUGGAUAAGAUUAAGGGCUUCAUUGGUGUUCUUGAUAUUUACGGUUUCGAGCAUUUUAAGAAAAACUCGUUUGAACAGUUCUGUAUCAACUUCGCCAACGAAAAGCUACAACAGUCUUUCAAUCAACACGUUUUCAAGUUGGAACAAGAGGAAUACGUUCGUGAAGAAAUUAGUUGGAGCUUCAUCGACUUUUCUGAUAACCAGCCUUGUAUCGAGCUGAUUGAAGGCAAGCUUGGUAUCCUCUCUCUUCUUGACGAGGAAUCCAGGCUGCUAGGUGGUUCCGAUGGCUCCUUUGUCAUCAAGUUGGAUCAAAACUUCGCUACACCCGGUGGCAAGUUUGAAAAGUUCUACAAGAAGGCGAGAUUUGGAAAGUCUACAUUUACCGUCUGUCACUAUGCCGUCGACGUUACCUACGACGUGGAGGGUUUCAUUGAGAAGAAUCGUGAUACUGUUCCGGAUGAACAUAUGGAGGUUCUCAACUCAGCCAACAACGAAUUCCUGACAGCUGUUCUCAAAACAUCCGCUCAAGUCCGCGAUAAGUCCUCGGACUCUGCUAGCGCGACUCCCGCAAAACCAAGCACGCCUGCUCCUCUUGCCCCAGGUAGACCCGGCCGGAGACCUGCAGCUGGCGGCGCCAAUCGUAAACCAACUCUCGGAGGUAUAUUCAAAGCCUCUUUGAUUGAUUUGGUCCAGACAAUUGGUAAUACUGAGGUCCAUUACAUUCGAUGUAUCAAACCCAAUGAGGCCAAGGUUGCUUUCAAAUGGGAGGGACCUAUGGUUUUGAGUCAGUUGAGAGCCUGUGGUGUUUUGGAAACCGUCAGAAUCAGUUGUGCUGGUUACCCUACCCGAUGGACUUACGAGGAGUUUGCCUUCCGAUAUUACAUGCUGUUACACUCCUCCCAAUGGGGCGAGCCCCGCGAUAUGGGUUUGGAGAUUUUGAAGAAGGCGAUCGAGGAAGAAGAUAAAUAUCAACUCGGAAAGACAAAGAUAUUUUUUAGGGCUGGCAUGCUUGCAUAUCUUGAAAAUAUCCGUACAUCUCGACUGAACGAGGCUGCUGUCUUGAUUCAGAAGAACCUAAGGAUGAGAUACUAUAGGAGACGCUUCCUGGAAACUAUGACAUCUCUCCGCGCAGUUCAAUCUCUCGCAAGAGGCUGGAUGGCCAGGUCCGAAGCACAGGAAUUGCGGAGAGUUCAUGCUGCAACGACCAUCCAAAGAGUCUGGCGAGGGCAAAGACAACGAAAGAUGUUCCUUGCUACUCGCAAGAGCGUCGUUCGUUUACAAGCCCUGUGCAAGGGCCGUCUUACGAGAGAGCACAUCUUGCAAACCCGCCUCGAAAACGCGGCUAGGAUUAUACAACGUGUCUACCGGUCUAGACAAGGUAUCAUCAAAUGGCGUCAAUACCGACGCAAGGUCAUUAUUAUCCAGAACUUAUGGCGUAAGAAGGAAGCCAAGAAGGUCUUCAAAUCGCUGCGUGAAGAAGCCCGUUCGCUCGACCACAUCAAAGAGGUCUCAUACAAAUUGGAAAACAAGGUCGUCGAACUCACACAGACGCUGCAGAAACGGACGGAGGAAAAGAAGGCACUGGAGUCGCAAGUCGACAGCUUGGAAAGCCAGCUGAAAGUGUGGAGAAACAAGGCCACUGCUUCGGAGCAGAAUCAAAGAGAGGCACAGGGCGAGGUCAACCAAUACCACGCCUUAUCGGCUCGCUUGCCAAUAUUAGAAGGAGAACUAAAGACUGCGCUGAAACAGUACGAAGAAUCAGAAGCGAAUAGUCGACGCCUUCAAGAGGAUGCUAAGGCGCUCAGGGAUAACCUUGCUAAGUCUAAGGCCGAACUUGAGCGCACUAUUAGUCGCUUCAAAGAGCAAGAGAGUGAGAACGUAGGUCUUAAGCAGCAGAUCACUUUGUUGGAAGAUGAAAUGAGCAGUAGACCACCACCUAGCUACGGAGGAGCUGAGCCAGCUCCGGUCAAGAAUGGUGGCGGCGGCAUGAACGAGAUUUUCAAGAUGGUGGCAGGUCGCAAACCUACAGAACGUCAAAGUGUGGCAGUCACAGGUCCUGCAUCUCGAGAGAUCUAUGGUCAAGUUCGCAACUACGAUCCUCGACCACAAUCAAUGGCAGCACCAAAUCAAGGCCAUCGCCGAAACGGCUCCGGUGGGUCGGACGGGUUCAACUUUACACCAUUGCUCGAAAGCCCCGAGACAAGUGUCGCUCACAUCCUCGAGGACGAGAACGCGCUCAAUCAUGAGGUCUCCUCCGGUCUCAUCCAGAACCUCAAGAUUCCUCAGCCAAACUCCCAGAAUCCUCCUGAAGAUAAAGAAGUUCUCUUCCCAGCCUACCUCAUCAAUCUUGUUACUUCCGAGAUGUGGCACAACGGCUUCGUGAAGGAGUCGGAGCGAUUCCUUGCUACUGUUAUGCAAAACAUUCAACAAGAGGUCAUGCAUCAUGAUGGAGAGGAGUUGAUCAAUCUCGGAGCUUUCUGGCUCUCUAACGUCCACGAAAUGCUAUCUUUUGUCUUCCUCGCUGAAGAUUGGUAUGAGGCUCAGAAGACUGACGAUUUUGAGUAUGAUAGGCUCCUUGAAGUCGUCAAGCACGAUCUAGAGAGUCUUGAGUUCAAUAUUUACCACACCUGGAUGAAGGUACUGAAGAAGCGUCUCUACAAGAUGAUUGUUCCAGCUAUAAUAGAGUCACAAUCUCUUCCUGGCUUCGUUACCAACGAGGGUAAUCGGUUUUUGAACAAGCUCCUCCAAACAUCGAGCGCUCCUGCCUUCAGUAUGGAUGAUCUUCUUAGUUUGAUGAACAAGGUUUACAAGGCAAUGAAGACAUACUACCUCGAGGAUACCAUCGUCGCACAGGCCAUGACCGAAUUAUUAAAGCUUAUCGGAGUCACCGCCUUUAACGACCUUCUCCUUCGUCGUAACUUCUUGUCCUGGAAACGUGGUCUUCAGAUUAACUACAAUAUUACCCGUAUAGAAGAAUGGUGCAAGAGUCACGAUAUGCCAGAGGGAACCCUUCAGCUCGAGCACCUUAUGCAAGCAACCAAGCUUCUACAGCUAAAGAAGGCUACCUUGAACGACAUAGAAAUUAUUCAAGAUAUUUGUUGGAUGCUCUCACCCCAACAAAUCCAGAAACUCUUGAAUCAGUAUCUUGUUGCGGACUACGAGCAGCCGAUCAAUGGAGAAAUCAUGAAAGCAGUCGAGAAGAGAGCCAUUACGGACAAGAACGAAGUCCUCCUUCUCGCGCCGGUUGAUAUGGAUGACAGCGGCCCAUACGAAAUUGCAGAACCACGUCAAAUCACUGCCCUCGAGACAUACCUACCAUCUUGGUUGCAAUUGCCCAAGCUUCGCCGUUUGACGGAGAUCGUUUCAGCCCAGGCUAUUGCCCAACAAGAGCGUGACAUUUCUACGAAUGGUAGCCUGUCUGGCACAAAGCCAAGCGAUCUAGGAGCACUACUUGACCCGGAGCUUAUCGGCGCCUAG